AAUCACGUGGCGGUUGGCCAAAGAAGCUCGACCCCACAUGCCGUCCCGCUUGGGACCCCGUGACAAGAACCUGCGUGGCUCUGAGGUCUCGACAGCCCAGCCAGUUCCUCCAUCACCUCAUCCUCGCUGCCGGCGAACAACUCCAGCAGACGCUGUGCCCGAGUGCUUCACAAACACCUGUACGCUCGCAGCCUCACCAUCGGGCCCUCAUCCAUUUCUCGGCCCUCUCCAGCGCAAACCUCGUGGCCCAGCGCUCGACACCUCCUUAGUCGAAUUUCUUGUUGAGUCAGCCGCGGGGUCAUUCCAAUAUCAACCGAUCCUUGUGCAACGCAGCGUAAGCACAAGCCCAGCAUCGUCCGUCACGCAGGCAGAAUCACAGGACGCUGACGCGUUUUCCCAGGCACCUAUUCAAACAUUGCUACUGCACUUCGCCCCCAGAGGAUGGACUCUGGUAGGGGCUCCAACCUACAGCAUGGACCGGCGGGUAAACAAGCCGCCCAGGAGCAGGCUCCCGAGCAGCUUCUCGACGUGUUCAAGGCUGCCGCCCUGUCUGUAACUAAGCUGUACAAGACCUCUGCUCUGGCCGAAUCGAGAGCACGGUCGGAAGGAUACCAAGAGUGUCUCGAAGACCUUCUCACCUUCCUGGACAGGGAGAACCUCGGCUUGCGAGAUGGAGAAGGGUGGAGGGUGCGGGCCUGGGCGACCGAACGCCUAGACGGUCGCGACGCGCCUCUCAGCAGCAACAACAACGACAGCGAAGACGAAGUCGAGCGAAGCGACCGAACGAAUUCGCCUGAGCUGACGCGCACGAGCACUGAGCCGCAGGCUCCCCCGCAGCGAGCGAGCGAGCCCCCCGUUCCGACCGUCCCCAUCAUCCCCGAAGAACCGCAUCGAGUAGUCGUGCCUUCGCAAGACAGCUUCACGUUCCAGUCGUCGCACCCCUAUCCCAACAUCGCCACGCUGGACCUGUCGGACGGCCGGGCCCAUGAACACGCGCCGAGAAGCUCUAAGACGCGGCUAGGCGGUGCGAGAGACAAACGCCAGGGUGCCCAUCUGGGCAGAGGAGCCGGGACGAAACGCAGGUGGGACUUUGAGGACUUUUUCGGAGGCUGCCUCGGCGGCAAGGACCUUUUCGGCGGCGGUGGCGGCGGCGGGAACAAGCGAGGUCGGCACGCCUAACGACCAGAGGCAGCGGCAACGAUCAUGUCGACGUACCACGAGCAUAACGUUUUCAUGCAUUUCUUAGCUAGACGGGGCGACGGCACGAUACAGGGAGUUGGGACAUGGGAGCCUUGGCACGAGCAUUAAGCAUUUGGGCGGCGUUUGUGGGAAGCGGAGGACUGCAUUUGGGCAGAUAGAUGGGUCGGAUUUGGACUGCACCCUGGACGGGCGAGACACAUCUGUAGCUCUUACUUGUCUCUUCCGCAGCGGAAUGGAAUCUCUCGCCGAGAUGGUUGACUAACG